UUAAAUUCCCAUCUCCCUUGAGUCACAUGCAUUCCAUUUACUCUGCUUCACCCUAGGAAAAAAUAAAAAAAAACUUUUAAAUUUCCUAAAGGCAAUAACUUUUUGCGUUUAUAUCGAUGAUUGUAGCGUGUUUUUAAUGCAGCGAUGACCAUAUCAGCUGAUGCAAUAGUGAAAAGGGUUGUUGGUCACAGUUUACACACCAGCUCUGUUCUGUAACGCUUUAGCUUCUUCAUUUUUUUUCACGUUCUUCGUUUUUGAUGAUGGUCGGUCACGUUUCGAUUCAUGGAAGAGAUUUGUUUGGUUCCAAGAACAUCUCCUAUUUAUAUAGUUUUGCAAAUUCCCAUCAUAUGAUUACACUAACAAUCGAGAUUAAUCACAAAAAACAUCGUUAUACUAUUACUAGUUGUAUUAGCUAUUUUAGGACACAAUGUCUUCUUCGCUUAUGAUGUGUUGUUGUUUACUUCUGUUGUUUAGUUUGUUGUCUGAAGGUAGAGAGAUUCUGGUGGGAGGCAAGUCUAACACUUGGAGCUGGAAGGUUCCUGAAUCUACAGAGGAAACACUAAACCACUGGUCAGAGAGAACAAGAUUCAAAAUUGGAGAUACUCUUUUAUGGAAAUACAAUGCGGAGAAUGAUUCAGUCUUGCAAGUGAAGGAAAAAGAUUACGAAAGAUGUGACAGAUCAGAGCCAAUGAGAGGAUACAAAGAUGGUCACACGAAGAUAGAGCUGAAGAGGUCAGGUCCUUUUUACUUCAUAAGUGGGGAAGAAGGACAUUGCCAAAGAGGUGAGAAGCUUCGUGUCGUCGUCUUGUCUCCAAAUCACAGCAAAAGCGUUGUUGAUGCUCCUGCUCCUGUAGACAUCGUCUUGUCUCCAAAUCACAACAAAAGCAGCGUUGUCACUGCUCCUUCAAACGCUCAUAUCACAAACAAGGGAAGCCUGAACAGAGCAUGUAGCUUGCUUCUUCUUCUUCUUCUUCUCUCAUUAGGCCUUUUGGUUUAGUCUUGUUACCUCUUAGCCAAUUCGGUUUGUAUGUUCCGGUUUAUUUGUAUUUUGGUUUUGUUUUUUCUUUUGUGAAGUACCCUGAGUCAUGCAUGUUUAAUACUACAAUAUUUGAUUUGAUUA